UCCAGUCCACCUCCUCCACAGCUGGGGCUCGGUUGACACGUCACCACUAAUUGUAUCAGCACCCAGACAAACCUCUUAAAAACCAGUUGUUUUGGUGUCUUCUUCCAUAGCCUUUUGUCAUCCAUGACAUGGAAACCCUGUGCAUGGCAGAAAAGACACUAAUGGCCAAGCUGGUGGCCAACGGGAUCCAGAACAAGGAAGCAGAGGUCCGGAUCUUCCACUGUUGCCAGUGCACCUCUGUUGAGACUGUCACAGAGCUGACGGAGUUUGCUAAAUCAAUCCCCGGCUUCGGCAACCUAGACCUGAAUGACCAGGUGACUUUGUUAAAGUACGGGGUCUAUGAAGCCAUGUUUACAAUGUUGUCAUCAGUGAUGAACAAAGAUGGGAUGUUAGUGGCCUAUGGGAAUGGCUUCAUAACUCGUGAGUUCCUGAAAAGUUUAAGAAAACCAUUUUGUGACAUCUUGGAACCUAAAUUUGAUUUUGCCAUGAAGUUCAAUGCCUUGGAACUUGAUGACAGCGACAUUUCCCUUUUUGUGGCUGCUAUCAUUUGCUGUGGAGAUCGGCCGGGUCUCUUGAACGUGGGACACAUUGAGAGGAUGCAGGAGAGCAUCGUGAACGUGCUCCAGCUUCACCUGCAGAACAACCAUCCUGACGAUAACUUCCUUUUCCCCAAGCUGCUCCAGAAGAUGGCCGACCUUCGGCAGCUGGUCACAGAGCAUGCUCAGCUGGUACAAGUCAUCAAAAAGACUGAAUCUGAUGCCGCCCUGCAUCCUUUGCUGCAAGAGAUCUACAGGGAUAUGUAUUGAGUUUUUUAGGGUUUUUUUUAAGACAGCAUUUUUUCAGAAUAUUUAAAGCCAACAGAAAUAUUAAUGAUAGAUGGGAGCAAAAAGACUUUGCACAAAUGUCAGCUGUGUUUUAAUCCUAGAACAUGGAAAUCAAUCAUGAUCCAGACAGCUGGAGUGCCACAUUUCUAUUGGUUUUUGAAACAGUAUUUCAGAGAGUUUGCCAAGUAUCCAAAAGCUGAUGAUGAGAGGGUCUUGGAUAGUCAGGGUAGAAUUGGGGGAUUCUGUCUGAUUCUGUUAAGGCACAUGAUUUUGAUCAAAUGCAGAUUUAUUUAUAUUAUUUGAUUUUGUAUUUGGUUAAUUGGUAACCUCAUAAUAAGGACUUUGUUAGUUCUGCUUAUCGCCUUGGGUUCUCAUGCUCAUUCUAUGCUAGUCUGGAUAACAAUGGAGCCUUCCUGAAAAUGUCCUCAAGUCAUAAUUGGAGUGGAUGGAAGG